AUGAUUACUGUGGAAUCACGCAUCUUUAUGUGGGCCUCGAAGAUGUGUGGAUUCCAGAGCCAUUCAUCACAGGACUUCCGCCACCGCCUAUCAGACAUUCGGUGUGGAUUAACCAUACUGGCGAACUCACAGCGUUUUUCCCUACGUUUCACUUCAACGGUAUGCAAGCUUCAGGUACAAUGA